AAGCCUUUGAUGCCCAAUCUUCACCAUCAGCCCCAAGUUCUCGAAGCCCAAUCGGAACGACCGCAGCCAGGACAGACAAAGGAUGUACGCAAGUAACUCCACGGAAACCGCCAUGGAAUCUUCCAUAUCGUUCUCGCAUCAGCAGUAGAACAUAGGAAUCGAAAGAAAGGCUAACUAGUGAAGGUCUGAGAAGAGAUUACCUUCGCCCUCAAGCUUCCAAGUUCCCGUUACCGCUUGCAGAAGAAUCGCUAUUUCCAAUUUGGAUCCGUAACGCCGUUGCCCAUCGCUCUUCGGAGUUCCGUCUGAUAGAUCCUCAUCCGUCGCCGCCGCCCGAUGUCGUCCCCGGGCGAGUACUACCAAUCACUUCCACCUAUAACCAAGGCUUAUGGCACCGUGUGCCUGGCGGUUACUUCAGUCUGUUCGCUCAAGCUGCUUCAUCCGGCCUAUAUAGCAUUGAUAUAUGAAGACGUGUUCUACCGAUUUCAGGUGUGGAGGCUUUUUACUAGUUUCUUCUUUCUUGGGAAUUUCUCCAUCAAUUUCGGUAUUCGCCUCUUGAUGAUAGCAAGGUAUGGUGUUCAAUUGGAGCAGGCAACAUUCGACAGGCGUACCUCUGAUUUUCUCUGGAUGAUGAUCUUCGGAGGCCUGACUCUUCUGGGUCUGUCUGCCAUCCCUUUUCUGUGGAACCCUUUCUUGGGCAUUUCACUUGUGUUCAUGCUGCUUUAUGUCUGGAGUAGAGAGUUCCCAAAUGCUCAAAUCAACAUAUAUGGCCUGCUGAAUAUUAAGGCAUUUUAUCUACCCUGGACCAUGCUUGCCCUGGAUGUUAUUUUCGGGUCUCCAAUUUUGCCCGAUCUUCUGGGAAUCAUCGCUGGUCAUUUCUACUACUUCCUGACGGUGUUGCACCCACUCUCAACUGGGAAAACCUAUCUGAAGACCCCAAGAUGGGUACAGAAGCUGGUGAGAAGAUACAAAAUAGGAGCUCCAGCACCAGUGAACUCCCGAGCGGCAGCUCAGCCCGAGCAGCAGCCGGGCACAGGAUCAGCCUUCAGGGGAAGAUCCUAUAGACUCAGCGAUUAGUCAGUUUUCUCACCCUUUUGUUCAGAAUGUCGAUACAAAAACUAAGGAAGCAGAUUGUAAAGAAGCUUGUCAGAGGGAGUUGAAGAGAAUCAAUCUACUCGAUUUGUUGAUCCUUUACGAGCUGAGGGUAGCGUUUUUACGCAUCAUCGGUGUUUAUUUCACGAGGCCGGAAUCCAGUACUUGUCUAAACAGAGGGAUGAAGUAGUUCAUUUUGUUGGCAGAUUGAUUUUCUUUUCAUUGCUUGCAUUAUUUACUCUCUAAUUGUGGAGAUUUCGAAAUAUGAUUCUCCUGGAAAUUCCGUAUCCUCAUGCUAUAUCACAUGGUUUCAGGCUAUCUAUACAGAGUAAAUUGUAAACCACAAGAACAAUUACAAUUUUUGAGGUUAUGGUAAUCUACUUAUUAUGUCAGAAGU